UUUUUUGGAGCAACAAUCUGCGCGCACUGUUCAGUCUGGGAGAGACAGCGAUCACACAGGCGGGAUGGAGAGCACAGGAUUUACAAAAACAGAUGUUUGAACACUUUCUGAAACAACAACUAAGACGCACGGGAGGGAGGAGAGUCUCCGCCAGGAAGAGUCUGAGCGUGUCAGAAGCUGUUUGAGAGAGUGUGGGAGCAUCACAGACAAGAGAAAAGAGAGAGGGGGGAAGAAGGAACAGGGGGACCAAGUCUGGACCAGGUGAUCGACAAACCUCCAAGGGGCUGCCGGGUUGUAUCAUUGUACACGGGAUCAGUGAUCGACCAUGGUGCCAGCGCGCUGCCCGGGAGCCCGUGCCAUCCUGGCACUGGUCAUCCUCUUGGGAUGUGGCGUGGUUCUUUCCCUCGGUCAGAACGACACAGAACCCAUCGUGCUGGAAGGAAAGUGUCUCGUGGUGUGUGACUCGAACCCCUCGUCGGACGGAGCGGUGACCUCCUCACUUGGCAUAUCCGUGCGCUCCGCCGGGGCAAAGGUGGCUUUUUCCGCCGUGCGUGGGACCAAUCAUGAGCCGUCAGAGAUGAGCAACACGUCCAUGACCAUCUACUUUGACCAGGUUUUAGUGAACAUCGGCAACCAUUUCGAUCUGAAAGCGAGUGUUUUCCAGGCUCCGAGGAGGGGGAUCUACAGUUUCAGCUUCCACGUGGUGAAGGUCUACAACAGACAAACCAUACAGGUGAACCUGAUGCAGAACGAUUAUCCGGUUAUAUCGGCGUUCGCGGGCGACCAGGACGUGACGAGAGAGGCCGCCAGCAACGGAGUACUGCUGAUGGUGGAGCGGGAGGACCGCGUGUACCUGAAGCUGGAGCGGGGCACCCUCAUGGGCGGAUGGAAAUACUCCACCUUCUCAGGCUUUCUAGUCUUUCCUCUAUAAUCCGAUAUGCGCUGGACUCUCUGGAACAAAAGCAAGGAAGAAAGAAAGCUGAAAAAAAGAAGAAAAGGUGCCAUUUAUUUUUCAAUUUUAAUAACUGUCAGCCAAGGAAGCCGACGAAUAUGUCCACAGUGUCCACUAUCUAUAAUAUCAACGUUUCCUUGGAGUUUCAUAUAAUCCAAAUCCAUCCGUCAGAUGUUACGCAAUCUGGAUGACUAUUGAUGGCCAGUGAUUGGCAUGUUGAGGAUUUUUCCCCUCCUUACCUGGAAAACAAGCGGGGUGCUUUUGGGACAAGGGGAGCAGAUGUCCCGGACAGGCCGAGUGUGUUAGGCUCUAUUUUAUGUUUGUAUAGCCUUUAAAUUAUUAUUUUUUUCCUCGUCCAAGUGAAAACAAGGGGAUUAUGGACAAGCCAGGAGAAGAAGCAGCAGACGAAGAAGAAGUGCUUUCACGCCCACAGAAGGCGCACUGUUUUUUUUUUUGUUUUUUUCCCCGUUUUGCACGAAUGGAAGUUUUAACUCCUCUUUAUGUUGUGCUGUCAGUGGUGUUUGGAUGCUGAAACAUGUUGAAAAAUAAGCCAAAAUCUAGACGACUUUAUUAUAAAGAAGUACAAAAAAAAAGAGGCGACAAACUCCAGCCACCAGAGAUGACUUAAAGCCCUUUUUA